AUGUCUUCCGUACCCAGCUUCCACCACCACCUGCAACAGCAACAACUCUCAUCCGACUCUGAUUCCGACUCCGAAACCACCAUCGGCCAAAAACACCACUCAGCUGAUCUCGCAAACUCAAUUUUCAAAUCCUACUUCGAACACACCAACAACCAAUCCUCGGAACCAACCCAGCAUGACCUCACCAAAAUCAAAUCCUUCCUAAACUCCUCCUCCUCAGGGGCUCUAUCAUGUCUCAUUUGUCUGGAACGCAUCAAACUCUCCGAUCCAACCUGGUCUUGCACUUCUCUCUGCUACGCGGUUUUCCACCUUAUUUGUAUCCAAUCCUGGGCCCGCCAAGCCUCUGAUCUCUCCGCUCUUCGCGCCUCCACGCGCCUCCCUAUCUCCUCCGAUAAAGCCGCUGAGUCCUCCACCUGGAACUGCCCUAAAUGCCGCUCUGAUUAUUCUAGAUCUCAAAUACCCAGAAGUUACCUCUGCUUCUGUGGCAAAAUCGAAAACCCGCCAAAUGAUAAUCCCUGGAUUUUACCCCAUUCUUGUGGUGAAAUCUGUGAUCGUCCGUUGAAGAAUAACUGCGGUCAUUUCUGUUUGUUACUUUGCCAUCCGGGUCCCUGCCCGCCUUGCCCGAAACUUGUCAAAGCGACAUGUUUUUGCGGCACAACGACGGAUGUGAAGCGUUGCGGUUUCAAAUUGUUUUCGUGUAACAAUGUCUGUAAUAAAUCAUUAGAUUGUGGGAUUCAUGGUUGUAAACAAAUUUGCCAUGAUGGACCAUGCCCGCCUUGUAAUGCCCGCGGGGUUUAUAAAUGUUUAUGUGGAAGGAAAGCUGCGGAGAGGGAGUGUUGUGAGAGAGAAUUUAGAUGUGAAAAUCCGUGCGAGAAACUGUUGGCCUGCGGAAAACAUGUGUGUGAGAGGGGGUGCCAUUUUGCAAAAUGUGGAGAUUGUCCUCUUCAAGGGAAGAGAGCAUGUCCGUGUGGGAAGAGAGUUUACGAAGGAAUGGCUUGUGAUGUUGUUGUGCCGCUUUGUGGUGGUACUUGUGAUAAAAUGCUGAGUUGUGGGUUUCAUAGUUGCCACGAGAGAUGUCAUCGAGGGCCUUGCAUUGAGACUUGUCGAAUUGUUGUCACCAAGUUGUGUAGGUGUGGAGGCAUGAAGAAAGAGGUAAAAACCUUUUUUUUUCCUGCUUUCUAA